AUGCUUAUGAACUACAAAGUGACAACACAAAAGGCAUUCGAAAGACAGGCAGACGCCCCACCUCCUGGACACUUUUUACGUUUGGGAAAAGCAAGGGCUCAAGACGAUCUAAUUUUGAGGAAGAGAGAUAGGAUGCGGAGGUGGCUGUGUUGUACUUGUCAAGUUGAAGAAUCUUAUCCUUCAAAUGAAAAUGGAUUGAUAAAAAAUCACAAUGAUCACAAUGAUGGGCAACAUAAGGACUCAAAACUACCGCCUCCUGUCAAACAUGAUGCUCAGAAAGCAGUGCCAACAAUUGAAGUGCCUUCACUUUCACUCGAUGAAUUGAAAGAAAAAACUGAGAAUUUUGGAUCAAAGGCAUUGAUUGGUGAAGGUUCAUAUGGAAGGGUUUAUUUUGCAAACUUAAAUAAUGGAAAAAGUGUUGCUGUGAAAAAACUUGAUGUUUCUCCAGAGGCUGAAUCAAAUUCAGAGUUUUUGACUCAGGUUUCAAUGGUGUCAACACUGAAGCAUGACAACUUUGUUGAGUUGUGUGGUUACUGUGUUGAGGGAAAUACACGUGUCUUGGCUUAUGAAUUUGCAACCAUGGGAUCUCUACAUGACAUAUUGCAUGGUAGGAAGGGGGUGCAAGGAGCACAACCAGGUCCUGUUCUUGAUUGGAUGCAAAGAGUAAGGAUUGCUGUUGAUGCAGCAAAAGGACUGGAGUAUUUGCAUGAAAAGAUUCAACCUUCAAUAAUUCACAGAGAUAUUAGGUCAAGCAAUGUGCUACUUUUUGAAGACUUGAGAGCCAAAAUUGCAGACUUUAACCUUUCAAAUCAAGCACCAGAUAUGGCUGCUAGAUUGCAUUCAACUCGUGUGUUGGGAACUUUUGGCUAUCAUGCACCAGAAUAUGCAAUGACUGGACAAUUGACACAAAAAAGUGAUGUGUAUAGCUUUGGGGUUGUGUUGCUUGAGCUUCUAACUGGUAGGAAACCUGUUGAUCACACAAUGCCACGUGGACAACAGAGUCUUGUCACUUGGGCUACACCAAGGUUAAGUGAAGAUAAGGUGAAGCAAUGUGUGGAUCCAAGGCUCAAGGGAGAGUACCCUCCAAAAGCAGUUGCAAAGUUGGCAGCUGUAGCUGCAUUGUGUGUGCAGUAUGAGAGUGAGUUUAGGCCAAAUAUGAGCAUUGUUGUGAAGGCUCUUCAACCACUGUUGAGGGCUCCUGCACCUGUUGCUGCUGCUGCUGAAGUCUAAUAAUAAUAAUGUCUCAAAUCACAUAAAUGGAUUAUUAUGUUUUGGUUGAUCAUGAUCAUGGUUGAUGGUGGGAGCUAUACGCGCAUAUAUAAUAGUGUUUUCUUUGGAUUUAUAUUUCUUUUUUUGGUUUGAGGAUGGAAGGGUGUGGACAUGUUUUGCGUAGUUUUGGUUUGUCAAGAUUUGUUUAAUAAUGGAAACAUGGUUUGAGGGUGAUUCAAGUAAUUUACUGUUUUUUUUGUU